AUCGAGCUUCACGACGACGCCAUAUCGCGCGCAGCACCAGCAGAUCCGCCCAUUGGCCCCUCUCCACUCCUCAAAAUCGUGAUCGAUACUCGGCCGCUCAAAAUGGCGUCCAAGAAAGUCACCACCGCGUUCUCGAAGUACACAGUUCAGCCUACUGGCAUCUAUGCGGCGAUUAAUAGGCUCUUCGCGCUCGACCCGAAGCGCUCGACCGGUAUUCCCAUGAACCCGCAAUUCCGCAACCCUCCCCCCGGUGGCCUUGACCCUGCUACCUACGACGAUCCCGUUACGAUCCCCGCCGCCGACAUCGCUGAUAACCCAUACUGGAAGCGCGACGUGCGACGACGAUACCCAAGGCUGUCAACAGUCACCCAGGCCGACGCUGUUGCGCUGCUUCAGGUUGGCAGCGCUGCGGCGCCCAAGCAGGAGCUGAUUGGCGAGGCCGGCUCCAAGCAGCUUGUUGCUGCGCAAGAGGAGGGUGCCAAGGGUCUGGCUGUUGCAUUCGAGAGGAACACUGGCCUGGCAAAGGAUGUGCUCGGGCCUGGCGGCAUGCCACCUCUGCCCCCGCCUCAGCACAUCAGCGAGUCUGGCCACAAGGCCUACGAUUUAGAGAAGGAUCAGUCAUACGGCGAAAACUACCCUUGCAGGACGUUCGCAUAAGCCAUGCGUUGGAGGUUUACCCACACGCGUGGAGGACGAUAGGAGUAUCUGUAAAUACGACCACAGCGUUUUCUUUGUGUGAUGUCAUGUCAAAACAUUUUCCGUCUACAUUGCCCUCUGUUACGCUAGUAUCCGUCCAUCUGCUUGAUGUUUUAAUUCGCCGUUUCUUGUGCUUCAUCCGUCCGUCCAUUUUUGAGAUCGCUUCACUAAAUCAUUGCUUUUGUCAUAGGC